CGCAGCAGCACGUGGCCAUCCUGCCAGGCCGUGUUGAAAGGCGUCAGUGCGCGCGGGUGCCCGGGGUGGCGGCGGCUGUGACAUGCCUGGAAUACAGCUCCCAGAAUGCAAUGGAGCUUUUCCAGCCUGCUUCUCUGAGAGAAUCUGACACCCCAGACAGCAGAGGGCUGCUGGGGGCAAAUGGGAUCGUGGUGGCAAUUCCUUCUCCUAUCCAUCCCAUUGUCGCUGCCUGGAGACUUAGAUUACCUGGAAGGAAAUGGGGGCUGGCUGACGAACAAGUAUUUGGCUCUGAUGGAAGAAGACCACUGCACGGUGGAGAGGAGAGAUGCUUCCCUGACCUACUCCCAGUUCAUAGACCAAUAUGCCUUUUCCAGGCCUGUUGUUAUCCAGGGAAUCACGGACAACUCGGAAUUCCAGGCGCUCUGCACAAGGAACAAGCUGCUGGCAGAGUUCGGGGACCGCCUGGUGCGUCUCAGCACUGCUAACACCUAUUCCUACCGUAAAGUGGAUGUGCCAUUCCAGGAAUACGUGGAGCACCUGCUGGAGCCUCAGGACCUGGCCUCCCUGGGCAGUGACACACUGUAUUUCUUUGGAGACAAUAACUUCACAGAGUGGGGCUCCCUCUUCCAGAAAUACAUGCCACCUCCAUUCCGGAUUCCAGGCACCAGCGGGGCCUACAGUUUUGGGAUCGCUGGCUCCGGUUCUGGGGUUCCCUUUCACUGGCACGGCCCGGGUUACUCAGAGGUGAUCUUCGGCAGAAAGCGCUGGUUUCUGUAUCCCCCCGAGAAAACCCCCGAGUUCCACCCCAACAAGACAACUCUAUCCUGGCUGCUGGACACAUACCCAUUCCUGCCACCAGAGGACCGCCCUGUGGAGUGCACCAUUCACCCUGGUGAGGUCCUGUAUUUUCCUGAUCGCUGGUGGCACGCCACCCUCAAUUUGGACACGAGUGUUUUCAUCUCCACCUUCCUGGGGUAGAAGCUCAGGACUUUGCCUGCCUGCCAUUCCUGGUGGUUCCUCAGGAGCUGAAUUGUUCACUUCCCUCCCACCAAAGCCCUGGGAUUCUGCUGGUGAAUUGUAGCCAGCUCUCUCUCCUCCAUAACCCUGCAUGCAGAGCUGGAC